AUAGUAAUAUCCUGUCUUUAUUAAUUAAUUAAAAUCACUGCCCUGAACAGAUGAAACAAGUGGUGAAUUAUCCUUGCUUUAUUAGGAGCAUUUUCAUUUUCUUCAAGAAUUCAUUCUUAUAAAUAAAUAGUUUCACAUUCAUUUCUCAACAUGAAGGACCCUUCCCAUAAUUUACCUCCUGUUUGCUUAAUUUGCACAGUUAAUUUUUGCCAUAAUCUUAAAUUCAAGCUUAUUGAUACUGGUCAUUUUCUAGUGUCUGAUGGCCACGUUAAAGUCCACUGAAGGACCAUUUUUAAAGAAACUUAGACAAAAAUGGUCCUGUUAUUUUAAAAAGCCACAGGGUAGGAGGAGGUGAGUACAGAGACCAGGAGAUGGGAUACAGAGUGUAGCAGACCCCGGUGACCCAAAGCUUCCAAGGGCGGCCCCAGGUUUCUUCUGAGCACUUCUCUAACCCGCACACAAACUAGGUGAACAAUGCAGCGUAUUCUUUGAUAGCUCUGCAGGCCUGGAGCCCCCACGUCACAGUGUGGGCAGGGCCACACUCCCUCGCAAGGCUCUGGGCAGGAUCCUUCUUGCCUCUCGUGGCUUCUGGUGGCCCUGGGCAUUCCUUGACUUGUGGCGGCAUCACUGCAGUCUCUGCCUGUCUUCACACAGCCUUCUUCUCCCCGUGUGUCUGUCUCUGUGUCUCUUCUGAUAAGGAUAUGAGUCAUACUGGACUAAGGGACCCCCUACUUAGGAGUAUGACCUAGUCUUAACUAAUUCCCACUGCAGUGACCCUGUUUCUAAAUAAGGUCCUAUUUACAGGCAUAGGGGUUAGGACUUCAGAGUGUGUCUACAGGGACGCAGCUCACCCCCAGCACUGUCUCCUGAGGGGAUUCCUACGUGUCAGACCCUGCCCCGGGCUCUGGCUAUUCUCCUGCUCCCCAGCAUGCACCUGGAGGCCCGGGCAGGGUCGCUAGGUGCAGGGACAGCUAGGCUGGCUCCCCUGGGAUGGAACAACCAACCCCCCCGGAGACUGUGCCUGCAGGUGUCCAUCACCUUCAAGGACUUGGCCGUGCGGUUCUCGGAGGAGGAGUGGCGGCUCCUGGAGGAGGGGCAGAGGGAGUUCUACCGAGACGUGAUGCGGGAGAACUACGAGACGCUGGUGUCUGUGGGGACAGCUGAGCUGCUCCCCCUCUCUGCUUUCCUGUCACCCCCAGAGCCUGGAGGAGCUGUUGGGGGAGGAAGCCACACUGAUGAGGGGCAGGAGCCUGCUGGUUGCGGAGGUCUCCAGGAGGGACAGCCCCGGCACAGCCUGCACCUCACCGCCCUGGUACAGCUGGUGAAAGAGAUCCCAGAGUUCUUGUUUGGGGAAGUCAAGGGUGCCAUGGACAGCCCCAAGAGUGAGAGCCAGGGAGCCAGCCUGGAUGAAGAGCAAGCAAGCCCCGAGGCAGCUGUGGCAAGGGAGCCUUGCCCUCUCCGAGGCCUGCUCAACUGCCUUCCGGACGGCCCUGCCAGCCAGUCCCGCCUGGCCACCACACCCACUGACAGCUCGUGCUCCAGUGGCCCACCUGGUGAUGCGGUCCAGGGAAGUCCUCUCCCUACCAGAACUGCCAAUAAACCAUGGCUUACGAGGAAGGAAGGCCCAGGAGCCCCUGGCAGGGAGCCCAGCCCUCCCACCCUUAGCCCCGGCAGGAGGAAGAGCCACGGAGGGCAGGAGAGAGGGACCUCACAGGCUGGAAUUACUCCUGGGAACAGCCCCUUGCAAGGCCUCAUCAACUGUCUGAAGGAAAUCCUCGUGCCUGGGCCCCAGCACCCCGAGACAUCCCCAGCCUUCCUACCGCCUCUGCCCAGCCUGGGCACGUCCAGGCCAUCCAAAGCAGACCUGGGGCCGGGGAGCCCACCCUGGGCAGUGAAGACAGAGGCAGCUUCAGGGGACUAUCCCCUCCAGGGUCUGCUGAACUGUCUGAAGGAGCUUCCCGAGGCCCAGGCCAGGCAUCCCAGUCCCUCAGGAGUGGGGGACCCACGACUACAGGAGGAUCCAGGGGCCUGGAAAAGGGGUUCUGGAGGGUCUGGACACCUCCUGACCCCCCCUCCCCAUCCUGAUCCUGGAGCUGGUGGCCAGGUCUCUGUGAAGAUGGAGAACAGCUGGGUCCAGAGCUCCCCAGGACCCGCAUCUUGUCAGCCUGGCAGGCAGUCCCUCAGCCCCUCUGCCACGAGAGACACCAGAGGAGUCCCUGGGGCCAGCUGGGGCCCUGAGGCUGAAGCUGCCGGUGCCUCAAGCUCACCGCUGGAAGCCCUGGAAGCCUGUCUGAAGGGCAUUCCCCCAAGCAGGCCAUCACCUUCGCAGCCGCCGGCCACCUCUUGGUCACAGAACCCCCAGCCAGGAGACUGUGGGUCUCAGAGGACUGAACUGCAGCCCCACAGAUCACACAGUGAAGAAGUGACCAGGGAGCCUGUUCUGCCUCUGGGCCUGCAGGGCUGUUUGAGAGAUGGCCCCUCCCGGCCCCUGGCCCCCCGGGGAACCCCCACCAGCUUUUCCUCAUCCAGCAGCACCGACUGGGACCUGGAUUUUGGGAGCCCUGUGGGGAGCCAGGGGCAGCGGCCUGGAAAAGGAAGCCCACCGGGAAGCUCCCCGCUGCAGGGCCUGGAGAACUGUCUCAAGGAGAUAGCCGUUCCUGUGCCGUGGCCUGCCUGGCCCUGCUCCUCAGCAGCAGACAGGGGACCGAGGAGAGCAGAGCCCAGGACCUGGACAGCAGACAAGGAAGGACUGAGGGCCGAGGCCUGUGAGUCAGCCCGUCUCAGGCAGGGUGGGAGAGAAGCGCCCACCCGGAGCCUCCAUCUGGCCAGCCCACAGGUGUUCACCUCCAGCUGCGUCCCUGCCUGCCACCAGCGGGGGCUCAAAGACCCCAGGGCCACCAGGCCACGAGUGUGGAGGUGGCUCCCUGAGGGGCCUGCCCCCAAGCCCUCCCCGCUGCACUGUCUGGAGAGCGCCCUGAGGGGGAUCCUGCCUGUGCGGCCCUUACGCUUCGCCUGCGUGGCAGGCACCAGCCCCAGCCCCAGCCCCGGCUCCAGCUCCAGCUUCAGCGGCUCUGAAGGAGAAGACCCGAGGCCAGAGCCUGAGCUCUGGAGGCCGCUCCUCCAGGCAGUGGCAGCAGUCCUGGUGAAGACCCCAGGAGAACAGAGCCCAGAUACUGCAGUGGCCUUGGUGCAGGUGCAGCUGGGGAUCCCAGCCCUGUUUCUCGGCUGGAGAAAAGGCCUGGGCCCAGGGUUGGUGAAGCGUCCAGAGGCCUGGAGCCUGGACACGGAAGACCCAGAGUUGCAGCCAAAACCCAUGGGCAGCUGCUCCCCCAGGGCCUACCUGAGCUGCCCCGUGAGUCUCCCCCUCCGGAGCUGCCCCCUCUGGAAGCCGCACCUCCUGCUUUGCCAGCCGUGUCCCCGCAGCCGCCGUGCCCCUGUGGGAAGCCCCUACAGCAGGAGCUGCACAGCCUUGGUGCUGCCCUCGCAGAGAAGCUGGAUCGGCUUGCCACGGCGCUGGCAGGCCUGGCUCAGGAGGUGGCCACCAUGAGGACCCAGGUGAAUCGGCUGGGGAGGCGCCCCCAAGGCCCUGGGCGGAUAGGCCAAGCUUCCUGGAUGUGGACCCUCCCUCGGGGACCUCGCUGGGCUCAUGGCCCUGGUCACAGACACCUACCCUACUGGAGGCAGAAGGGCCCCACCAGGCCUAAACCAAAGAUUCUGCGCAGCCAGGGAGAGGGCUGCAGGGCUGGUGACCGGCCGGGACUCUCCAGAGGGACCACUCACCGGGCACCUCUGCUGCCUUCAGACGCUCCGCCGGCAGAAGCUCCAGGGCUCCACCGCAGCCCUUCCCAGCAGCUGCGGUCCUCCACACCCAGCUGCCACACUGCGCCAGCGGCACACUCCCUCCUGGGACAUUCCGGGGGCCGCCAGAGCCCCCUUCCUCCUUUAGUGCCUGCUGCCUUACCUCUGCAGGGAGCCUCUCCUGCCACCAGUGUGGAUGCAGACGUGCCGAACUCGGGAGUGGCACCAGCCGGGAUCCCAGACCUGCCCAAGGAGCCAAGCAGCCUGCUGGGAGGAGUCCCGAGAGCUCUCCAGGAGGAACUGUGGGGCGGGGAGCACAGGGACCCAAGGUGGGGGGCGCAUUAAUGGCAUUCCUCAUCCCCACCUCUGCUUAUUCUUGCUGAGGGUACAGUGGUGUCGUGGAAGCCCCGUCACUCCACCCCAGGCCACCCUCCCAGGAGACACAAUCUCUCUUCCUGUUGCUGGGAGCCCUGCCCUUUGUCCCAACUGUGCAAAUACCCCAGGUGCUGUUUGCUCGGGAGGCUGCUGUGGGGGUGACUUGCUCAGCCUCUGUCUGGCCUUCUUGGCUCAGAUUCAAUCCAACGCUGCUUCCCUCCCCGUCCUUCCCACUGGAACCGCCCAAGCUUGUAGGUGUAUGUUGUGCGCAGGCCAUGUGCGCCCCACACAUGCAGGGGUUGCCCCACACAGCUGGAGCAGCCAGGAGAGUGCCUCCUAAUCACCAGCCAUUCCUGAUCCCAGGAGCCACGAAAGGCUGGUCUCUUGCCUUCUUGGAGUAAAUAUGGGCACAGGUUUCAUUUGGCAGAACUCGGCCCCUUGGUCUAAGCUGGACUUAACCCUGUGGAUUCUGAAAUUAAAGAAGUGAGUAGCUAAGGAAGGGCCUGCCUCUUGUAGAAGGGAGCUCCAGGGGGUCCACGCCAGGCGGGGCUGGUUGUGCCACCACACGCUGCCGCCUUUCCCAGACAUCCUUGAGAACUUUCAAGAGUGUGCCAGGAAGGGCGAGGGAAUUCCCACAGGACUCCCAGGGCACAUACUCUGUGAGUCCCCUGUGGCUGCCACACAGAGGACCUCUGACUGGGCAGCUUCAACAGCAGCACUUGCUGUCUCUGUCCUGGAAGCCAGAAGUCUACAGUCCAGGUGUUGUCAGGAUCGGUUCCUUCUCUGGGCUGAGAGGGGGGAUCUGCCCAGGGCCUCUCCUUGCCUAUAGAUGGCUCUCUUCCUGUUCAGAUGGUGUUUUCUACACAUCUGUCUCCAAAUUCCCCCUUCAUAUCAGGGCUGCAGUUGUUUGGGGUUGUGACUCACCCUAAUGAGUUCAUUUUAACCUGACGACCUCUCUAAAGAACCCCUCUCCAAGGGAGGUCACAUUAAGAGGUACUGGAGAUUAGGCCUUCACCAUGUACACUUGGGGAAGGGCACGGUUCAGCCUAUAACACACCGGAAGGACUGGGCCAGUCUUGGGUUUGUCUUGGGAAAAGGCAUGACCAGGUGUUGCUAGCCCACUUCUGUGCUGGUGACCGGAAUGUGUCUUCUCACAGUCCCCUCAGCUGGCGCUUGGAGGUGCAUGGGAACCGGCCUGGCUGUCAUUCCCUCAGCAUCUUCCCAACAGGCAAAGUGCAACCUGUGUGCCCCAAUCCCUCAUCUGACCUGAGGCGGCUUCAGGAACUGUGUGUGCACCUGUUUCCUGGCAGGGCCAGCCUGGUGUGGGCUGCCACACUUGGCCCUGCCUUCAGGUCCCUGAGGAGCCUGGGAUACAAGCACUGUGGCCUGGGGCAAUGCCAGCUGCCCACCUUGACUACAGGAGCAGUGCCUUGUGGCUGCAGGGCCCGGUGUGUCCCUAAAUAAAGGGCCACUGGGGACACACCUGGAGCCUAAGUGCCCUGCAACUGAGCAAGGGGCUUGGGAGCUGAAGCCCUUGCCCUUAGCUGCCCUGUGGAAGCAGCAGGGCAAGGACACUAGGCAGAGGGGAGUACCCAUGAAAGACUGAAUAUCACAAAGGGGCGGGAAGAUGCUUUCAGGUCUAGAGUGAGCCCCGAGGUGACUGGAAACAGAUCCUAAGGUCAUGCAAGUAGUAUGUUUAAAUGCAGAGGCUCUUCACUCACAGCCAGGCUUCCACGGAAUUGGGGAGAGAAAGGCUCUAGGCUCCCCCGGCCUGAGGGGCUCUCCUUAUGAUGAUAGGCAGGGAACAUGUUUCAGGGGCACAGCGAGGGGUGGGACACAGUUUCACAGGAGAGUUGAGAAGAGAAACCACCCAUGUUCUGACUGGCUGUGAGGAGAGGACUCGUGCCCACCCCUGCUGCAGCUGGCCCAGUCCCAUCCUGCCUGCCUGUAUCCCAUUCUCUCCUUUCACUUCUAAGCCGGGGCCACUGGGCUGUCGGCUCAAUGGGAGAGGGACCACCUUAAGGUGUGGCACAUUCAGGUGGUUUUGCUUUGCUGGCUUCACAAACAGCCAUCACACAAGCCCUAGCUGACAGGCACAAAUGAACAAAUGAGUGUGGUGCUGUCACAGUUAGGCAGACCAACCAGCAGAGCUGGGAAGAGAGCUUGAGCCUCACUAGUGCCAGCACUGAUGCCCCCUCCUGGCCUUUGCCUGCUAGGACAGAUGCGGGUAUUCAGGACAGCCUGGUCUAGGUGGUCCAGAUCCAGUUGAACUGUAUAAGUUUGAAAUUGUUCUAAGAAUAUGGAUUGUAAGGUGUAAGUGGUAAGAAGUCCCAUGGUCUGCAGCCACGUCCCUCCCACAGAAGCCGGCUUCUAGGUCUAGGUCUGUGUCCCACACAGAGCAGCUGGGAGAGCACGUCCUUCUGACCACCAGCCAUUCCUGAUCCCAGGAGCCACGAAAGGCUGGGCUCUUUCUUUCUUGGAGUAAAUAUUGGCACAGUUUUCAUCUGGGAGAACUCGGCUCCUUGGUCUAAGCUAGACUUACCCUGUGGAUUCAGAAAUUAAAGAAGUGAGUUGCUGAGGAAGGCUCUGACUCCUGUAAAAGGGAGCUCCAUGGGCCCACAUCGGGCUGGGGCUGGCUGUGCCACCAGCAUGCUGCCUCCUCUCCCAGGCAUCCUCUAGAACAUUCGAGACUGUGCCAGGGAGGGUCGGGGGAAUUCCCACAGGACUCCUGGGGCACACACAGGAUCUGUCCGCAGUCACUGAAACGCCUUCUAACAUCAGUGAUUCAGUGGGAAAUCUAGAUGUGUGUAGGUCUUCAAUACUGUGCCCGUCUCCUUUAAGAACUGUAUGUUGUGGCUUGGAAGAGCAAAUAUGGUCGCUUUGAUGGGUGAAACUGAAGGACCUUUUUGAACCCAAAGGAGUUCCAGGGGUUGGGAUUGGGGACAGAGAAGGCUCCAGGUCUGCUCACCCCAUCCUGGAGGGUGGCUGGCCAAACAGGUCCUGGCUGACCUGGGCGCAACCUUCCCAGUGUGCCAGUCAGAGUCCCCCAGCAGGCAGCAACAUGUGAAGGUUCUGCUUCAAAAUACAAAUGAAUGGGC